GCCGUCGCUACGAGCAAAAACGGACGCAAGCAAGACGGACGCUCGCCACUUGCAGCGGGGGAGCAAACCUCUCGAUCCUGUCCUCCGACUCUUUAUACCUACCGUCGUCAUGUCUCUCACCUUGGACCAUUGAUCACGAAUGCCGCGGUGUUAGCUCUCGGGGAGAAUGUUCCACGGGGGCGGAAGCGGUGGGUACGGCGCCAGUUCCGACUACCAGCAGCAGUCCCAGCAGCAGCAGCAGCAGCACAGCCAACAGCUCCAGGCGCCCGUCUACGUUCCGUCUUCGAGGCCUACCAUCCCGUCCGCGGCGUCUCCGCACGCGGCUCAUCCGCACACCGGCCACCCUCAUUCGAGCCUCGCCGCGGCCGCGGCUGCUCCGUUCUACGCCCAGAACGUCGCCAUGAUGUCCUCCUGGCGAGCCUACGACGGAGCUGGAUUUCAACGUGCCUCUCCUUACGACACCGCGAUGGACUUUCAAUUCGGCGAGGGGCGCGAGUGCGUGAAUUGCGGUGCCAUAUCGACGCCGCUUUGGAGGAGAGAUGGCACCGGACAUUAUCUCUGCAACGCGUGCGGACUCUAUCACAAGAUGAACGGAAUGAACCGACCGCUGAUCAAGCCCUCGAAACGGCUGACGGCGACCAGACGGCUGGGACUGUGCUGCACGAACUGCGGCACCCGCACCACCACCCUCUGGAGGCGUAACAACGAGGGCGAGCCCGUCUGUAACGCCUGUGGCCUCUACUUUAAGCUCCACGGUGUCAACAGACCGCUGGCCAUGCGAAAAGACGGCAUUCAGACGCGAAAACGGAAGCCGAAGAAGACGCCGGAACCGAACGCCAGAUCCUCUACCGUAGAACACGACACUGCCACCGUUUCUACCGCUUCCUCUCCGUCUACGGAACUAAAGAGCAGCCAGCAACAGCAACAACAGCAGCAACAACAGCAGCAGCAGCAGCAGCAGCAGCAGCAGCAGCAUCAGAUGGAGGUAUCAAAGUCGUCGAGUGGCGGCGCGUCCAGCUCGACGGAGAGACCUGUCUACCUCGGGCACACGUCCCUUUUGGCUACCGGAAGCGUGGCCACCGUGAAGACGGAACCGCGAAGCUGCGACGGCAUCGUCGGUCAGCCCUAUUCCUCCUAUUACCAACAUCCCCAUCAGCUCGGGGUGGCGACCAACGAGCACCAACAGCAGACCUACUACGGUAGCCAGGAGGCGCCGUAUCAUCAUCAGCAUCACGUUACCGCAGCCGCUAAAUUGUUGGCCUCCACGUAAUUCGAUAUGAAUUAUCGUCGCGUCGCGUCAGACUGGCGUGUGUAACUGAGUGCGCCGACGACGCGAAAAUUAGUUAUCCGCGUGUUAAGUUAAGAUUUCCUUCGUUGUUCGUCGACGUCGAUU